AUGGUGAUCACAUAUGGCGGUGGGGAAAGGUGGUCUGGAGCUUUUACGACGUUUGCGCCGAGAAACGUGUUUUUCGGACAGAAAUCAUCCCUCGACCGGUACAAUGACGAAGAACUCUAUAAGAAAUUUAGAUUUACAAGACUACAUAUUUUGCAACUGACUGAUGAGAUUGCAGCAGCAGUCGAAUUAUCAAAUCGGCGUGGGGCGCUUUCUCCAGUGUUACAGGUUUUGUUGGCACUCCGAUUCUAUGCCACAGGCUCUUUCCAUGAUGUCUGUGGUGAACUAAUUGGAGUGCAUCAAACCACAGCAAGUAGGACCAUAAGGCGGGUCACACAGGCCAUUUUAAGAACACUGCCACAGAAAAUCAGACUACCAAAUGCAGAAGAAAGUCAGCUAACGAAAGAAAAAUUCUUUCAAAGACAUCACAUCCCAAAUGUCCUUGGAUGCAUUGAUGGGACACAAAUUCCUAUUCAGUCCCCUGGCACUGCAAGAAACGAACAUGAAUAUGUAAAUCGCAAGGGAUACCAUUCCAUCAAUGUACAGGUUAUUUGUGAUGCUGAUUUAAUCUUUUUCAACAUUGUUGCCAAGUGGCCUGGUAGUGUUCAUGAUGCCCGCAUCCUAAGAGAGUCACCAUUCUAUGAUGCCAUGGAAAGUAAUCAGCCACCUCUAAGGGGACAUCUUCUUGGAGACAGUGGGUAUAUGCUAAGGGACUGGCUAAUGACCCCUGUUUUAAACCCAGACACUCCAGAAGAGAGAAUUUAUAAUGAACUCCACAGACAGGCACGCUGCACAGUGGAAAGAAGCAUUGGUGUUGCAAAGAGGAGGUGGCACUGCUUACGUACUGGAUUACGGGUGUCUCCAGAGAGAGCAAGUGAAAUAAUCGUAGUGUGCUUCAUUCUGCACAAUCGUGCCAGGUUUCUAGCUCUGCCAGACCCAGAUGAUGAAGAAGAUGAUACUGAUGAUAAUGGUGCAGAUGAAAACCAUGGUGCAGAUGAAAACCUUGUAGAGAGGAGAUACAAUAUGCAAGCACAGGAGAGAGCAAGAGUUGCUGCUGGGAAAGUUGCCCGCAAUAGGCUGAUUGCAUUUCUUGCACACCAGUAAAGAAACAAAGUUUCCCGGUUGUCCAUGGACAGUGGUGUUGACGGGUAUAGGUCUGCCAAUGAUGUGGAGGGACUUGAAAACUCUGGGGCAGAGCAAAAAAAAAUUAUAUACUCAAUGAUGGUCGCAAGAGUGGCAAUUAGAUUUCUGCACAUACAUCAAUAAUAUUUUAAAAAGAAGUGAUGUUAUCCACAGAUUUAGUGUAACAUGGCAGAAAAAUAUCAGUCUUGCAAGAAUUGACUGUAAAUAUCAUUUAGAUGUAUAUAUAUAUUUGUGUGUGGAUGCAAUUAUAGACUACAAAUAUGUGCCAAAGAAAAUUGAAUGUAACUAUCAAUUUUCCUGAAAAUCAUAUAAGUUGACAAGAAUAACAAAACAUUCAACAUUUUACUUAAAAUAAAAAUUACCAUUUUCUUUGUUGCAAGUCAAACUGUUGUUUAAGCAGGGUGCAGAUUCUGUUGUCAGGGGUCUCACACUUUGAGUUAUUUCCUCUGUCACUGCAAAAUCCAAGCAAUAUUUUGAAAUUAUGCGAAUUCACAUACUGCACCAUUAGCCUUGUCUUUCCCUUUCACACUUUUAUCUCUUCUUGUAUACUGUAAAUUAUUCACAUUUCAUUUUGCUUUUGUUUUAAAAUGUGUGAUUGUGACUGAGUGUAAAAUAAAUUUCACGAUGUAAAUUUUAA